AUGUCUUCAGUUGCAGCCGGCUCCUCUGCAAACUUGUCUUCUACUCUCAUAUCUCUUGAUCUCAGUGGCACUAAUCUACAAGGCAAGUUCCCAGAAGAUGUUUUCCACCGUCCAUUCCUCCAGCGGCUAAUUUUAUCCGACAAUUACUAUCUCACUUGUAAUUUACCGAAGUCAAAUUGGAGCUGCACGAAACUCACUCACUUGGACUUGUCUUUCAAUAACUUCAUUGGCCAAAUUGAUGCCUCACCAUCUAAACUUAGUGAGCUCACAAGUUUAGAUCUCAGUCACAACAAUUUUUCAAAGCAGAUACCGGAUGUUUUUGGCAACCUCAGCAAAUUAACUCAACUAGAUCUUUCAUUCAAUAGUUUCAGUGGUCAGUUGCCAUCUUCAGCAUUCAACCUCAUACAACUUUCUCUUUUAGACUUCUCCAGCAAUCAACUUGAAGGCCAUAUUCCUUGUCAAGUAAGUGGUCUUUCACUUCUCACUGAUCUCCGCAUGUCUGAUAACUUUCUAAAUGGCAGAGUACCAUGUUGGUUGUUUACUUUACCAUCUUUGGGGUCAUUAUACCUUGACAACAACAAACUCACAGGUCCAAUUGAGGAGUUCCAUCAGGUUGUGGGUCCAUUGGAAACAGUUCUUUUGGGGAAUAACAAGAUUCAUGGUCAAAUUCCAAAUUUCAUGUUUGAACUUUUAAACCUUGUAGAACUUGACCUUUCAUCCAACAAUUUGAGUGGCUGUGUGAAGUCAGACAUGUUGUCGAACCUCAAAAAUCUCAGUUUUAUUAACCUUUCCCAUAACCCCUUAUUGUCAUUAAUUACUCACAAAGCCAACUUUACCUUACCCAAACUUUUCAAGUUCAAUUUCUCUUCUUGCAACAUAACCCAAUUUCCAAUUUUCUUAAGAACUCAAGAAAGUUUGACACAUCUAGACCUUUCAAACAAUAGAAUUUCUGGCAAGAUUUCUGAACUACAAUUGGAAUUGCUUCACAAUUUGGACCAUUUGAAUCACUCUUACAAUUUUUUGACAAGUGUUAAUUGUCCUAGAAAAAUUUCAAUGAUGAAUCUAAUGGUUCUUGAUCUUCAAUCCAACUUGCUCCAAGGCCCAAUACCUGUGACGCCAGAUGGAGCUCCUAUGGAAAUCUUAUCACUUUCCAAUAAUAAUUUGACUGGAGAGAUCUCGUCAUGCAUUUGCAACUUGAGCAUUAUAAAAGGUCUUGACUUGUCUAACAAUAGCUUGAGUGGAACAAUUCCUAAAUGUCUAGGGAACUUUUAUUAUCUAUCAUUCUUGAAUCUGGGAAACAACAAUUUCCAUGGUAGCAUCGCCCAAACCAUCCCAAUUAGAUCUAUUCAAUACCUUAACCUUAAUGGCAACAAGUUAGAGGGUUCGAUGCCACCUACUUUGGUUAAUUGUAGUUAUUUGAAAGUUCUAGAUGUUGGGAACAAUAUGAUUAAAGAUACUUUUCCUCAUUGUUUAGCAACCCUUCCCAAAUUACAAGUUCUAAUAUUGAGAUCUAAUAGAUUUCAUGGUCCCAUUGGAAAUCCCAAGACAAGAGUAUCGUUUCCUAAGUUGCGAAUACUUGACCUCUCUCACAAUUAA